AUGGUCAGAUUACAAAUUAUCACCGAGACUAAAGCGCGAGUGGAGGAGCGGUUGAAACACUAUAAUCCAGUGAUACCUCAACAUCGUCAGACGAUCCUCUGCUCCCGCUUUAUACUUCGAAAGCUUGACUUUGUCACCCGGCUACAGUGGUUUUUGUUUCAGCGCCCAGGACCACGCGAAGACUUUGCGACGGAGGAGAACCUCGCUGAGGCACUCGAGAUCCUAGGGCCGAGACUCUUCAACGAAGAAGACCUGUUGAAGCAAUUCGCGUGGGCAAGGAAGGCCUAUCCACAAUAUCAUGUUAUGAUGUAUAUUCUGUGGCAUCUGUGUAUUAAACCCGAGGGCCCCAAUAUUGAGAGGGCAUGGGAAGCGGUCGAAACCCUAUCCUUUCGCGAGCUUUGGGAUGAGUCCACCCAAGGGUUUGGAUCCAAGUCGGCAGUGUUGGCGGCCCUUGAAACCAAAGCCGUGUUCGUGAGAAAAAAGAUUGAAACCUUGAACCCAGAAGGGAACACUAGAAAUAGUGAGAGUCAUUCGGCCUUAGUAUCGGGAGAAGCAGGACAAGGCGCAUCUGAGGAUGAAGUGCAUUGGGCAUCUCUGCUCGGAGAUAUGGGCUGUGGGGAGCUUGAUUUCGAUGUCGCCAUCGAUGAGUGGCCAAACUGGGCAACAAUAGUUCAGAGUUUCCAGCCUGACGGUCAGAUCUUCCCCGGUAUAUUGCCACAAAGCUGGUAG